AUGGCUCGACUAAUCCUUGCCCCUCACUCUUUCUCUCUGGUCUCUUUCCGAAAUACCCUCCUCUCCCUGCUGACCAGCACAUUCACUUGGAUCAUUGUAUCACAGAACUUCACCAUGUCUCUCCACCGCUGCCCUCCUUUCCGCGUCGAGCACCUUGGCUCCCUCCUGCGUACUAAGGAGCUUCUUGACGUCAAGACCGCCUACGAGAACGGUAAAGCCACCAAGGAACAACUCGAAGCUGUCGAGAAGAAGGAUAUCAAGGAUGUUGUCGAGCUCCAGAAGAAGUUGCGGUACUCUGCGCUCUCUGACGGAGAGUACUGCCGACAUAUGUUCUGGGGCUCUUUCUUCCCCGGCCUUGAGGGCUUCGACGAAGUCUCCGACCCCAGCCCCGAGGUCUUCCGCCCCUACGCCCCCGACGUCGCUGCUUUCCUUGAGGCAGGUCACAAGCCCGGUGAGAGCGUUUUCUGUACCGGCAAGAUCAAGCACGUUGGCAGCACAUACGUCGACCAGUUCAAGUUUCUCGCCUCGCUCGUUGCCCCCGAGGAGGUCAAGAACCUGAAGCUCACCCUCGCCGCCCCCAACUGGUACCACCUCCGCUACCGUGAAGGUUACGCCUACCCCAAGGAAGUCUACGCCAAUGUCGACGAGUACUUUGCCGAUAUCGCCAAGGCGUACCAGGAUGAGCUGAAGAUCCUCUACGAUGCUGGUUGCCGCAACGUGCAGUUUGACGACCCCAACCUCGUUUAUUUCUGCUCCGAAAAGAUGCUCCAGGGCUGGAAGGAAGAUCCCCUGAACACCCUCAGCGCCGACGAGACUUUUGAGAAGUACAUCAAGCUCUACAACGACUGUCUCGCCACCCGCCCCAAGGAUUUCCACGUUGGUGUCCACCUCUGCCGCGGCAACUUCGUCGGCUCGCGCCACUUCUCCGAGGGCGGCUACGACCGCAUCGCGACCAAGCUCUUCAAGGAACUCAACGUCGACACCUACUACCUUGAGUACGACACCCCCCGCGCCGGUGGGUUCGAGCCCCUCAAGGAGGUUCCCCGCCACAAGUCCGUCAUCUUUGGUGUUGUCACCUCCAAGUUCCCCCAGCUCGAGGACAAGGAAGAGAUGAAGAAGCGCGUCUACGACGCUGCCAAGUUCAUUGCCGAGGGUAAUGGCAUCACUCUCGAGCAGGCGCUUGAUCAGGUUGGUGUCAGUCCUCAGUGUGGUUUCGCCUCUCACCGCGAGGGUAACGCCAUUGAUCGCGAGGGCAUGAUCAAGAAGCUAGAGCUUGUCCGGGCUAUUGCCGACGACAUCUGGCCCGGCCAGCUGUAA